AUGAAGUGCUCGAUUAUAAGAACAGAGAAAAUAUGCACUGGCCAUCGACUUCAUAGUCCGUUUCUGACAGACGAAGAAAACAGAAAAAUCUAUGGCAAGUGCAAUCACUCUAACGGUCACGGUCAUAAUUACACCAUUCAAGCAGUAAUUGAGGGCGAAAUCAUAAAAGACACGGGAAUGGUGAUGAACCUCGUCGAUCUAAAACGGGCCAUGUGGAAAGUGCUGUCUCAGCUCGAUCACAAAAAUGUGGAUAAAGAUGUCGAAUACUUCAAAAACUUCCCAUCUACCGCUGAAAAUAUUGCCCCGUGGAUUUUCACCGAGCUUUCUCAAGAGCUACCGCCAGGCUCUUAUCAUCUCAAGAAAAUCAUACUCGACGAAACUGAUAAAAACCGCGUUGAAAUCUAUGAUUAA